AUGUCACAUAAGGUUUCGACUUUGCGGGCACAAGCGGUGCCUCUGCCUGUGAAGAAAUCCUGGGAAAUACGUAACGAAUUGAUGAAUGUACAAGGAGUCCCUGAACAAGGGCUCCCCAAAACUCAGUUACCUACACUCCUCCCUCAGAGGGCUGAGCAAAAUACCAACCGAUCUCCAGAUGUUCCAUCGUUUCAUGUCCAUGUAAACAUUGGGGUGAAUUCUGAAUUAAGCAGAACGGAAGUGUCACAAACGCUGACCUCAAACAAGCAGUUACAGUCCGCGAAUGACCACCAGGUUCUUAGCUACAACCCUGUAGUUAUAUCAAUGGGCACUCCAGCUCCCAUUAACAUAGUUCGGGAAAAGGAUCCAAGGCAUGUGUUAGAGCUGAAUAUAGAUCAGAGGGUCUCCGGUCUUCCAGAACAAAGGAUACAGCCACAAAGGGCACAAGUAACUGACAUGGAACUGACAGCCCAGGUACCACGCUCAGCCACGGACAGCAUAAAGGUCACUCCAGUGGCAUUGCUUCAGGUUAUGGGCUUGAUGGGAAUGAUCCCAGAAUCACAUGCGCAGGUGAUAGACUGCGUGGCUUUUCCCCCGCAGCCACCAAAUCAAGCAGAAACAGUGAAUCUAACUCCUCAGCCAUCAGAUCAAGUAAUUGAACCAAAAACAGUAAAACAUCAACAGUAUUCAGCUACGGAAUCAAAGAGUAUGGCCUCAAGACAGAGUCCAGUCACAGAUAAUAUGAAGGUAACUCCUGCGGAAUUGCUUCGCAUCAUGGAUUCCAUGGGGAUGAUUAAUGAAUUAUACCCACAUGUCAUAAAACCAGCAGAAAUAGCCCCAAAGCCACAAUACCAAGUCAUGGAAUCGGCAAAGGUGGAUAUACUGCAUGGCCACCAAGCCAUACGACCAGAAGAUAAGAGUCUAGGGCUACAGCAAUCAGUUCUGGGAACUGUGGAAGUGAUCCCCCAGCCUCAGCAUAAAGUCAUGGGAACACCGAACACGACCUUGGGGCCACAGAAUCAAGCCACAGAACACAUUGGGAUUGCUCCCGGUCCAAUACAUGAAAAUAUAUUGGAAAUUAGCUCAAGUGCACUUCCUAAAGCCAUUGAUUAUACAAAAGCAACCCCAGUGGCACAACAAACCAUGGAUUUCAUGCAGAAAAUUCCACCAGGAGAGCCACACAUUACAGAACCUAGGGCUUUGAUCCAAACUGAAAAUUUGACCACACUGCCAGCCCAGCCAGACAUUCUGACUUCUACUGUCCCAAGAGGAGCAGCAGAAUCUCGAGGCAUACCUCCACAGCUACCGUCUACAGUCCUAGCGUCAUCAGGAGUGAUUCUGCUACCAUCAGGUCAAUCCCUGCAUGCUCUAAAGGUGACCCCGAUAGUACAGGCGCCACCUGGGGUGGGAAUGAUCCCACCACUCCAAGUUGUAGAGCCUCCUGGUUUGAUUCCACAGCCAGUGGCUCAAGUCAAAGAACCUCUGGACUUGCCUUCUGGGUUCCAGGUUCAAGCUGGAGACUCUGUGGGGAUGACUCCACAACAUCAAGGCGCAGAGGGUGUGUCAUCGACUCCAGGACUGUCUCAGCAGGUCACGGACCCUUCAAAGUUUACCCCACGGCACCAAGACUUAGACUAUUCUGAAGUGAGCCCAAGGCAAAGUCACAAAAUCCCAGAAAGGGGUGGGACCUCUGACACCCAGCCCCAAAUGAAGAAUUCUGUAGAGAUGACAGAGGUACAUAAUCAAAUAGUGGAACCUGUGAGAACAAUCACAGCACCACUAGAUCAAGGUACAAUACCCAUAGGAAGGAGCCAAAAACAUCACGUUACAGAAGUGGAAGUGGUGCCAGUUACACCACUACUUCAGGAAAUGAAACAUUUUGGGGAAAACUCAAUCCCACAGCCUAAAGUUAUGGAUUCAACGAAUUUAUCCCCAGAAUUACAGAACGUAAAAUCUGAGCACCUAAUCCCAGAUCCAAGAUUGCGAAAUAUGAAAUCUGUGGACAUAGCCAUGGCUUUAGUCCCAGAAAAAGUAAAAUAUGGACCACCGACCUCAAGAGCGGUAUCUACAGAUUUGACCCUAGAAUUGCAUCAGCUGACUAUGCAGUUUGAGGAAUUAACCCACAGGCCACAAUUGCAAAGUGAGGAAUCUGUGCCAUCAGCCCCUGAAUCUCAACUUCAAGAUGUGAAAUCUGGCCAAGUGACAGUUGAAGCACAACUCCAAAACAUACAGUGUGCUGGGCUGGCCCCAGGUCCACAGGUGCAAAGUGAUAAAUCAGUACAUUUGACCCCUGGUUCACAGACUCAAGGCAUGCAAAGGGUUGUUCAUUCAGCCCUAUCGCAGGAGUUACAAGGAGAUACAAAAAUGGUGGAGUUGGCUCCAACACCAUCACUUGAAGAUAAGAAAUCUGUGAACUUGACCCGAAAACCAUAUUCACAAAGCACCAGCUUUGAGAAGACAGCCCAUGUACCAUUGCUCGAAGAUAGAAAGACUCUGUUGGUAGAAGGUAGGAGUUUAAUUCCUGAGGCACUGGUGGAAAGUGUGAGUCUUAGUGAAUUGGUCCCAAGCACACACCUUUGUGCGGUAAAAUCCUUAGAAGUGAACCCCGACCCAAGUUAUCAUUUCCUGGAACCUGCAGAAUUGGCCCUACGGCAUCAAGCCCCAGAAGAAAGAGUGGGCUCUGCCAUUUGUCAUCAGGUGGAAGAAUCUGUUGAGCUGAUACAAUCAUCAUUAGGAAUGAGGCUGAUACCACUGCGCCAAACCUCAGCCUCUAUGGAGAUGUACUCACCACCACUCCAAGAAACUCUUGAAACUAGGAACCAGGUUGUAAAAGAGAUGGAAGAGACUCCAGAAUUACAAAACGCAAUUAAAGAUGCUCUGGAUUUGCUACCAGAAUCAGAAGUGCAGAAUAUGAACUCAGCGGUGAUGGCCCCAGAACCACAUCCCUACUCAGAUGGGAAGUUUCUCCAUGGGACUCUAGAAUCGUGUUCAGAAAUAACUCUAAGACCAGAAUACGAAGACAGCGAGCCUAUCAGAUUAACAUUACCUAAAGUUGAUGAUACUCAGGGCGCCAUGAUAGAACCAUAUUCAGAAAUGGGAUAUCUGGAGUUGGGUCUAGAACCAGGAGUGCAAGGUGAGAAAUCGGAGUCCUUGGCUCAACAUUUGCAAUCUGGGGAAGUAAUUGGUAAACCACCUGUACUAGCUGUAGAGACUAUCACACUAACUACAGGACCCAAACCACACAUUAAACAUGUGAUCCCAGGGCCCCAGCUCAAAGUCAAACUUAGGCAAAUGGAUACAGAAUCACAGUUGCAAAAUGAAGACUCUAUAAAUGUAACACGACAGUCGUCUCUAGGAGAGGUAGGUCCUGAAAAGACAAAGCCAGAGUCAGGGCCACAAAGUCCAUCCCCGAAGGAACUGAUUGAGGAGACACAGCCCCCGAAAGUGAAAUCUGUGCAUCUAAAUCUAGGCCCACAGCAGCUAAGUAUCAAAUCUGGGUUGAUUCCAGGGCCACAACUGCAAAGUGUCAGAUUUCCAAAGUUCUACCAAGGGGGAAAACGAGGAAAUGUCAUCUCAGGCCCCCCACGUUAUGGUGUGAAAUCUGAUGAGGCACGAUCACGUUCCCCAGUACCAGAAAUCAGAUCAUCAGAUUAUAUCCCGGGGCCAAAUCUUCCAGAAGCAAAACUGCAACAUGUGAAGCCUGUGGAAGUAAAUGUAGGACCAUGCUCGCAAGCUGUGAAAUUCUCUGAUCUGACCCCUGAGCCCAAGCACCAAGGUUUCAGAUGUACACAGGUCAUACCAGGUAUUCAUUUUCAAGAUAGGAAGUCUCAGGGACUUUUGCCAGAACCCUUUUUGCCAUUAAGCCAAGAGCCACAGGUUGAAGAUAGGAAGCUUGUUCUACCUAUGGAAGUAUCAGAGUUUCAUAGCAGGAAACACACAAUACCAGCCUCUGAACUACAAUAUCCAAGCGUGAUAUCUGAGGAGGUAAACCCGGAACUGCGGCAACAAGAUACCAAAGUGUCUGAGUUUGCUUCUAGGCUAAGACCUCAAGGGGUCAAAUUUGGAAAGCAAACUCCAGGACCGUUGUUUCACGGUAUGCAUUUUAUGACUCCAAAGUUGGGGUUACAUAAUCCAAAGCUAGCGAAGAUGACCCCAGAGCUCAACGAUACAAAGCAGGUGAGUUUUAACUCGUGGCCGUGCCUGCAAAAUGUCAUUUUUUUUGAUGGAACAUCAGGAACUCAAUCUCAAGGUGUGACGACUUCAGAGUUACACUCGGGGCAACAGUUGGAGUGUGUAAAAAUGUUUGAGUUUACCACACAGGCAGAGAGGCAAGGGAUGAAGCCAGAGUUAAUAAUACAGGAGACGCCGUUUGAAGACAGGGCAUAUGUCACAAGGAAUCAAGCACCAAGCUUUGAAGAUGAGAUGUCUUAUAAACUACCUUCUGAGCCACAGAUACCAAUGGCAGAAUCAGUGAGAUUGACUCCUGGGAUACAGCUAGCAAGUGUAGACCAUUCUGAGUUGGUUGGAAGACCAGAGGCACAAGGUAUAGAAUCUUCUGAAUCGAUCCCUGGGCAGCAUUUGGGACAUAGAAAAUGUGUGGAGAAGGUCACAGCGUCAAAGCAGGAAGAGUUAACGCCAGGGCCACAUUUGGGAGAUGUGAAAUCUAUGGAGUUAAGGUCAAAGUCAGAGAGGGAAACAGUCAAAGCUAUACUGUUAACCCCAGGGAAACAAGCAGGAGAUAAAGAACCUGAGGAGCUGCCCCCGGGUCCCAACUUGAAAGAUUUAAAAUCUGAGUUACUACCUUCAAGACCACAGUUAGAGGAUAGGAGAUCUGCGGUCUUAACUCUAGGACAAUGUCCAGAGAGGAUAAAAUCUACAGUGGUCUCCCCAUGUAGCUCCCAGUCAGAUGGCACAAAAACUGUGAAGUUGAUUCCAGGUUCAACAAUUCAAGAUUUGAAGACUGUGGGGCUGGCCCGUGAUACACAUGUGCAAGAUCUAAAUGCCAUGGGUUUGAAACUUGAACCAAAGCAAGAAGAGAGUCCUGUGACUUUUGUACCAGGGAAAGAGUUUCAAGAUGAGUUUAUGGAGGUGUUGCAAGUGCCUCAACUACAAGGUCUAAAACCCAAGGAACUGACUGCACAGUCACAAAUGCGGGGUAGGAAACAUGUGAUUAUCUCAUGUUUGAAGCCACAAAGUCUAAAACCUGUGAAUAUAGCCAAAACACAAGGAAUCCCAGGAGUAAAACUUGUGAAUUUAGUCUCAACACAACCAUGUCGAGGGAUGGCGCCUACGGAUUUAACUCUCAAGCCUGGACAGGAUGACCAGAUAACUGUAAGAUCACCCGAGUGGAAAGGUGGGGUUUUAGACCAGCUGAGCAAGCAUUUUGAGUCAGAAAAUGUGUUAUCCAUGAAGUCAGGUCAAGAAGCCAAACAUGCAGAUAAAAAACCCAAAGAGAUCAAAUUUAAAGUACAAUUUAAAGAUACACCAUCAUUUGAAUCGACUCCUAAACCAGUUGUUCACAGUGUAAAACCUGAAGAGGCCCAAGAUGAAGCCCAGGUGCCAAGUAUGAAACCAUGCCAGGUGACUCCAGGGCCACAGGAGCACCAGGUGAAAGUCUCGGAGCCAAUGUUACAGCCACCAUUUCAAGAUGUGAAAACCAUGGUACUCACAGAGCCACACACUGGAAGUACAAAAUCCGUCCAAUGGAUACCAAUAUCUGAGUUUCAAAGUGAGAAAUGGGUAGGGUCAGACUUGAGGUUGCAAUCUCAAAGUGCCAAACCUACAGAAUUGAAGCCGUCUACAGAAUGGAGGGGUGUGAGGCCCUCUGAAUUGACUGUCAGGUCUAAAAUAGUUCAAGAAGAAAAAUCUGUAGGGUUGCAUCUUGAGCCACAGUCACAGCAAGUAAAAACCUCUCCGUUAGCACUAGGGCUUCAGAAAACAAAAACGUUGAACUUAACAUCAGAGCCACAACCUCAAGGAAUCAAAACUGUGGAUCAAAACAAAGAUCCACCAGUUGGAAGGGUAAGAUCCGUUGAGUGGAUACCAGGACCUGAGUUCCACAGCAUGAAGUGUUUAGGGUUAAAUUAUGGGUCACAAUCUCAAGGUGUCAAAUCUACAGAACAGAAAACGUCUAUACAGUUGGGAGGUGUGAAGUCAACAGAGACGACUGUAAGGCCAAAACUUCAAGGGAAUAAAUCUGCAGAUUUUAACCUUGAGCCAAAAGUACAGCACAUAAAAACCCCCGGGGCAUCCCCAAAACCAGAGUUACAAGAAGGGGAAAACUCAGAGUCACAGUCUGAGUGUGUAAAAAGUGUGGCAUUUCAUGACGGAUCAGAGCCACAGGCUGAGUGUGUAAAAAGUGUGGCAUUACACGACGGAUCAGAGCCACAGGCUGAGUGUGUAAAAAGUGUGGCAUUACACCAAGGAUCAGAGCCACGGGCUGAGUGUGUAAAAAGUGUGGCAUUACACCACGGAUCAGAGCCAAAGGUUAAGUGUGUAAAAAGUGUGGCAUUACACCAUGGAUUACAGCUUGAAAAUACAAAAUCUGUUCAGUGGAUCCCAGCAGCUGGCUAUCAAGCUAAGAAAUCUAUGCUGAAUCUUAGGUUACAAUCUGAAGAUGUCACGGCUAAAGAGUUAAACCCUUUGGCACAACUAAAGAAUGUGAAGACUUCUAAUGAGUUGAUUACAGGGCUGAAGUUACAAAGUAAACAACCUACAGGGUCAACGCCGGAACAACAGUCUCAUGGGUUCAAAACUAUUGAUUUUAAAUCGGAGCGCCAGUACAGGGGCCCAGUUUCCUUCCUUAGGAAAGCCAGAGUAUCCUCUCGGGAUACUUUACAGUAUCCUCUCGGGAUACUUUACAGUAGGGAAGAUCCUGUUUCCAGGGAGCCGAGUAAUAUCUCCCAGAGCGAUUCACAAACAGGAACUUCCAAGACUCACCACUCCUUCGAGGCAAGUUAUUUUUCCCAGACCAAUACCGAGCUCUCAGAAGAGCUUAAAGAUCUAAAGCUAGAGAUAGCAGCAAAACUCUUACGAAGUCAGAUACCCUACAACGUCCCUCCACCCUCAGAGUCGGGUCUUGUCCAGAAAUACCCCAUCUGCUUGCAGUGCGGCCUAUUUUCAGAAUGUGGAUGUAGUCAUAAGUCCCAGUCUGCUUACAUUCUCGUCUACCCACAGAUCCACCUUAUAAAAACCCCUGAAGGCCGUGGUGAGAUCCGGACGCAUCUUGGUUUUAGGUUGUACAUUAGAAAAAGACCUCAAGUCUCAAAGGAUUGUGGGAGAAACAGAGCGGACACAUCGAAGAACCCUUCCUCAUCAUCGCACAGGAAAGAUAAAAUCUAUACUCCAGCUUCCAAGAGUCCAACUUCUACAAGAGAUUUCCAGUCCAGAUCUUCCCAGUCUCCGGCUUCUGUACCAGUUCACAGGAGGCAAAAGCAAUGGGGCAGCCAUGGUGUGGCAGGGAAGACAGAAGCCAAAGACUCUGGGCAUUAUGAAUUCUGUGAGGUUCUCUCCGCGUCAGAGAGUGACUCUGAAAGUAACCAGCAUGAAAAAUGGGCUAAGUCAAGACUCAGUAAGACCUCAGACUUAAAAUAUCCAAUGAAGAAAAUCACCAAGGAACUUAAAAAGCAAAACAUAAAGCUCUACAAAAACAGUAGACCCACAGAAGAGUGUCCUUCUGGAACACUGACAGAUCCAUCAAGACGCACUCAAACCAGCACUGUUUCUUCAAAGAGACAACCGAAGAAAUCCUCCCAGCCCAGGUUCAUCCAGCUGCUUGUUCAGGGCCUAAAGCAGGCAUUCCAAAGAGCACAUAGAGCUAUGGCUAUCACCAGACAGAAGCCUGAGGACAGGGCUAGGCCAGACAAUUUGUGGUCAAGCAAAAAUUUGUACCCCGAAGAAAAAGAUGAGGAUGAUUGUUCAACAGGAGAUGGCAGAGAGGCCAGCACACCUGUUAUCAAGUUCAUGGGUUCCACCCCUAAGAAAGAAGACAGAUUGCAGGAAACAUGUGACCAAGCUCAACAAUCAAAACAAGUGAGCUCUCUCCAACCCAGACCUUUGGAAUUGGUGAAGAACAUUGUUUCUGAGAGGAAUGUCGUUAUCCAAGCUACUUCAAUCCUACAGCCUUUGAGUAGAGUUCUAAAUGUCAACAGCAGAACAAAGAAAAACUAUGAAUUCUUCAGUCCAGAGUCUAAGAACUGUUCUAAAGUAGGAGCCAAAUUUCAGGUCCAAGAGACACUCGUGCCUGACUCCCUUCUGAAGAGAACCAUGCAGAGUCACUUCAAACACGAGCAAGAACAACACAGGACCUAUCACAGCCUGUCUGAGAGAUCUCAUCGGAGAAGCCACAGUCCUCAGAGAAAGCCUAGGAGUCCCUCUGACAGAACCCUUAGAAGCGUCUUGGAGAGGAGAUGUCGCAGUCCCUCCCAGAGGAAGGAUGGCAGUCCCUCUAGAAGAACCCCUCAGAGUAUCUCUGACAGGAGCCCACCCAGGCUCUCUAAGGGGAGAGGUCGCAGUCCCUCAGGGAGGAGCCAACCCAGCCCUACUGGGAGAAGGCCUCGCAGUUCCUCAGGGAGGAGCCCUCGUAGUAGUACCCCUAGUAGCCCUCGAGAGAGAAGGGGACGUAAUCCCUCCCCCAAGGGUCGGCUUGGUCUUUAUGCGAGGAACCAACACAGUCCCCCUUUUCAGAGAUGCCGCAGCCCCUCCAAAAGGAGCCAUCUCAGUCCCAUCCAGAGGACAUGGGCUAGUCCUUCAGAAUGGAGCCAUGGUACUCUCUCUGAGAGACCCCCUUCCAGAUGCUCUGGCAGGACAAGGCAAAGCUCUUCUGAAAGAGGCUACCGCAGUCCCUCUAGGUCCAGGCUCCACAGGCCUUCUUCCAGACUCCACCGCAGCCAUUCUCAGAGAACUCACUACAGCCCCUCUGACAGCAGAAGCAGUCAUUCUGAGAGGAGCCGACACUUAGAGAGGAACCAGCAAGGUCACCAUGCGAGACCCCAUCACAGCCCCAAGGGGAGGCUCCCGCACAGUUCCCCUAAGGAGAGACCCAGACAUAGCUGGUCUAAAGAGUUCCUGCAAAUCUUUACCUAGCUGCCCCUUCCUGUUCAGCCACUGCCUGCACCCUCAGCAAUCAAAGAACUAUCUAGGAGGGGAGUGAGAAUGGGUCCGUAAUUUAUUUAAGAUCAAUAAAGGGGUAAUAAUUGAACUCUCUUUGCAGCCGUAAGAUCACUUGUGGGGUGGGUGGGACUGGAUGUGCAAAUGCCCGGAGCUCAAGGGUUGGAGUUCACGAGGACCCCUGAAAUCUUCAGGCUUCGCCCACUUGCUCCAAGGAGUUUCUGAUCCUCCUGCCUCCACCUCCCAAAUGCUAAAAUUAUAGGCAUGUGCUAUAAUGUCUGGCAUAUGUGGUGCUGGGGAUCAAAGCUGGGCGUCAUGCGUGCUAGGCAAGCCCCAGCCCUCUAGAAUUAAAAUGGUCUUAAAAAUUAUUUUAGUUAUUUGUUUGUGUGUAUGUAUUACAUAUGUGUGGAUGCAGGCAUGCCUGUGUUAUGCUGUGACUGUGGAGUUGAUUCUGUCCAUAUACUGUGGGUCCUGGGGACUGAACGCUCAUCAGUAGUAGACUUCUGCAGCAAGACCUUUUAACCACUGAGACAUCUUGCCGGUCCUAUAUUGACGGUUUUAAAAAAUAUUUAUUUUAUGUGUAUGGGU